UCUCGCUCUCUCGCUCUCUCUCCUCCCUCCAUCUCCUCUCCUCUUCUCUUCUCCUCCUCCUCGCAGACGGACGGCUCCAGCCUCGGCUGUCAUCAGCAUCCUCGGAGGAAGACGGACGGACGGACGGGGAGCCCCCUGACCCUAACCCUGCCAGGUCGCCAUGGCAACGGUCAUCUGCACCCGUUUCACUGAAGAGUAUCAGCUGUACGAGGAGCUCGGAAAGGGAGCGUUUUCUGUGGUGCGCCGCUGCAUGAAGGUGCUGUCCGGUCAGGAGUACGCCGCCAAGAUCAUCAACACCAAGAAGCUGUCUGCCAGAGAUCAUCAGAAGUUGGACCGCGAAGCCCGAAUCUGUCGCUUACUCAAACACCCCAACAUUGGUGAGUACUACUACUACAACUACUGUCUUUAA